GCGAGCAUCCUCGUCAUCUUUCUCGCUCGCUGGCUUCAUUCCAUUAGGGAAGGGAAAGGGUAAAGGAAGGGGUCGAUGAGGACCGAAGGAGGAGACGAAGACAGGCAGCUGCUUUGCUGUUGGAAUGAUAGCCAGCAGGGCCUCCUCUCUAUUCAGGAGUUGAUAAGAUAAAUUAGUCCCCUUUAUUGUCUCUUGCUUCGUGUUUUUGCAGAUUGAAUCGUGUUUCAAGCUUUGCGAGCUCGUACGUGAUAUCAAGGCCCUUUCUUGAUUUUCAGCCUAUCACGACAGUGUACUUAUCAUGGUCUAAGCUUUGGUUCGAAGAUGGGUGGUACUAAAGAAUCAUUCGGUUCGGCAGGGCAGAUUAAGAAGCACAAGAAAGUCGACCUUGUUGGGAGAUCGAUUUCUGCUCAAGCUAGUACUCAUGAAGAGCUUGCAGUAAAAGAUGAGAUGAUUGACUCUGAGGAAGGUAGUCAAGUUCAAGAAGUGCAAGUUGUCAGCUCUGGUACAGACAUAGGCAGUGAUACUACUCAUGCAGACAAUGAAAUGGUCUCUUCUGAAAAGCAUUCUAUUUCAGUUGAGGUUGGUUCAUUAAUGCGCUUCAUCAAAGAAAAAGGGGGAUCUACUCAGAAAAAGAUAGAGGAGGACAUGGGAGUUAAGAUUUUAUUUCCUUCUUCAAAGGAGGACAGUAUCGUGAUUGAAGGAAGUUCCGCUGAUGGUGUAGCAAGAGCUUCAAAGAAAAUACAAGCUAUAAUUGAUGAGACAGUGCAAAGCCGAAGUCUGGAUUAUUCCCACUUCGUUUCGCUUCCUCUGGCAAUACACCCCGAAUUGGUAGACAAGCUCUUGCUGUUCCAGAAAUGUAUACUCGGAACUGAUGGUUCCUCUGCAGAUGUGAUAGAUACUGAGUCGAGUGAACAUAUCUCUGAAGGUGAAGAUGGUGAAGGUAGUGACCAGCCGGUAAGUAAUGUUGCAGUGAAGCUGAAUGUUGAAGAUGGCCAUGAACAAGUUAAGGUGGAUAUAACCCGCAUUCCGCUUGUUAGUUACGCGCCGAAGGCAAAACCAAAGGCAUCGGAGUCUUCCUCAUUAUCUGAGUUGGGAAUCGACGAGUCAAUAUUUAUUAAACCCAAAACAUUCCACCUUACUGUUCUUAUGUUGAAGCUAUGGAACAAAGAACGAGUUGCUUUGGCUACUGAGGUUUUGCAGAGCAUCUCCUCAAAAGUAAUCGAUGCAUUGGAUAAUCGUCCUAUCUUCAUAAGGCUUAAAGGACUGGAUUGUAUGAAAGGUUCUUUAGCCAAAGCUCGUGUACUUUAUGUGCCGGUGGGAGAAAUUGGUAGCGAGGGCCGACUCCUACGUGCUUGUCAAGUUAUUAUUAAUGCAUAUACAGAAGCAGGACUUGUCCUUGAGAGAGAUGCUAAGCAAACUUUAAAGUUGCAUGCCACUGUCAUGAAUGCAAGGCACAGAAAAUGGAAGAAGACAAAGACAAGGACUAAAAUGGCCGACUCGUUUGAUGCGCGAGGGAUCUUCAAGCAGUAUGGAUCUGAAGAGUGGGGUGACUAUUUGAUCCGUGAAGCUCACCUUUCACAAAGGUUUGUGUUUGAUGACAAUGGUUAUUACCACCGUUGUGCUUCAAUACCUUUUCCAGAAAGGAUGCAGUUGGACUGAUCAACUUGAAUGUGCAUAGUAGACUUAAUUUCUGGCAUUAAACUUUUGCUUAUUAGGUUUGCUUUUAGCACUCCAGCUAUCACUAUAUACAUAUAUACGGAAGAACUAUUCCUUGACUCGAUUCUGUGAAGGCAAAGAUAAAGUAUGUGCAGCUUGUAGCUGUUGCCUUGUUGGGUGGUUGUAUUUGUUUGUAUGUGCUGUCAAGUUCAUCAACAGCAUUGACCUU